AUGGCUACGCGGACUUCCUCACGUCACGCCGCUCAGAAGGCAAAAGAAGCUAUUACGACUUCUGCUGAAGCAUCUACAAGGACACCGUCAGGCUCGAAGCGCAAGGCACCGGAAAAGAAAGACUCUGAGCCAAAGAAGGAGCAGAAAGUCGACCAGCCACCUGAGCCGCAGCCAGAGGUGAAGCAAAAAAGUACCCCGGCAGCAACCACCGACAGCAUACCCGAUGUGAAAGCAAAGGAAGAGGAAAAGAAGGUCACUUUUGCCCCGACCCCUGAGUCAAAUCAUGUGCCAUCUGAUCGCCCGAAAUCCGACUCAACUGUCGAAGCUGGUGUUCACACGUCCCAAAAAAGAGAGGACAUCGUGCCAUCCAACAUCCUUGAAAAGGGCAUCAUCUACUUCUUCUAUCGUCCGCGUGUCAAUGUAGACGAACCCCACAGCGUCAAUGACGUGGCUCGAAGUUUCUUUGUGCUUCGCCCUACCCCGUUGGGAGCUGAAUUCGACCAGAGCCAGGGAUCUGUUGAUAAAGAUGCCCGUUGUCGCCUGCUCAUGCUCCCAAAGAAGAAGCUCCCCACCUCUCCCAAGGAACGAGACAUGGGAUUCGUGGAAAAGACGGGACAGACGAUGAAAGAUCUACAGGAGAAAUUCAUCGCCAGCUCAACGUAUCAGACCUCCACUCGUGGUGAGCGUACCAUCAAGGAGGCUCGGCCGUAUGCCGAGGGCGUGUACGCGCUCACCUCGACAAAGCGAGCCACACAUCUGGCCUAUGUUUUGACUAUCCCUUCCGAGCCGGCCGAAAUCCAAGAGAAUUUUGGCCUUCAUAAACGUGGUAGUUGGAUUGUGCAGUCCAAGAACCCCAAAUUCCCUGGCCCUGCAUUCGCGCAGCUCCCCAAGGAACCCGAAUAUCCUCCUUCUGUGCGAGAGAAAUUCGGAGACCUCCGAUGGGUGCCGCUGGAGCCGGAGUUUAUCGAAUAUCCCAACGCUCAGUUCUUGAUGAUCGGCGAGGCGCAGGAUACCCUGGGCAAAGCCGCGACUGCCGAGGGUGCCAAAAAGGCCCACGAGGAAGAGCCAGGGGAAGAGCUGGAAAAGCUGGAACGGGAAAACGAAGAGCGGGUUGAAGCGCUGCAGGGCGAUCACGCGGUCUAUGAAGAUCUUGGCUUGCAUGCAAAGAAGUAUGCUUCUGUGCCGACCACAUGGAACACCUAA